UUAUCCCCACUCCUAACAAAAUAUUACUGUACCCACAUGACCAACUUUGAUGCGCGUAAAAUCCAACAGCACUAAAGUGGGACGCGACGUCACGACUCAUUCGAUUGUGGGUUAAAACCCGUUGUUCUGUGCAUUAGACCUCAGUGGCUCAGUGGGAGGUGCGAGUUUUCACUGCUCAUUACUCAGUAGUGCUUCACACGCGUGCAACUCUAGUGCUGUAUUACUGAUUUCGUGAUGAAGGUCUGUACACGACGUUAUCACAGCGUUUAAUCGUUCCACUGAUAAAUGAUAAUAUUAAUGUUUUAAAUAUUUAUUGCUGGUCUUUACUCUUUAAUGUCGAACAAGAUAUAUCAAGACUCAAAAGUGUAUUCAACAGUCAACAGCGAUUUCGACAUUUCAAGUAAACAUGAAUGAAUCAAACAGUAUCAAAAAAGUAGAAAACAAAGAGAUAUCAGAAAUUUACAAAAUAUUUGAACAAAUAUAUAUGAAAGCACCUCCUAUUUUAAAGGAUUUAUCGGACAAUUCUGUAGAUAUUGAUUUUAUAGAAUCCAUACAUGAACAAAUUGAUUUUAAGAAAAUUGAUUCAAAAUUUAAAAAUGGAGAAUACUACUCCAUUACUGAUGUAAUGAAAGAUGUGAGGGAAGUAUUCUUAAACUGCUAUUCAUUUUAUGGUACUAGAAAUCAUCAUACUAAAAAAUCAUUAGAACUUGAAGAAUUUUUAGAAGAAAAAAUCAGCCACCUUGAUGACGAUUAUAAAUUAAUGGCUGAUGUUAAUCUUACAUUUAAUUUACUAAAUAUGGAAGGAAAAGCUAGCUCUAAAUUGAGAUACCCAAAAGAUUGUUAUGAUUCAGUAUUAUUAAGAAGUGUUGCACAUUGUCGUCCUGGACGAUUAAAAAAGUAUCAUGAAAUACUUUCUACCACUCUAACUACUGAUGAAGAUAAUGCACAUAUUUUAGAAAAAGUGUUAAGUUGGGAAAAUGAAGUUUAUUUUAAUGAUAUAUUUCAUCGAUAUAUCAAUUCAAUGUGGGAGCUACCAGAAAUAGGUAAUUUUGUGGCUAUAUUAUUUAAAAAACUGGAUAUUGAUAUUAUUAACCAAGGAGAAAUUGAAAGAAUGUUUUUAAUGCCUAAACAAUCUACAACUAUGGGUAAAAUCAUGACCACCCUUUUGAUGCCAGUAAAAAAAACAAAAUUUAUUGGUCAAGUCAUGCCAUAUGAUAUUUGGUCUGCAAAACUUUCAAGAAAAGUAUCAGAUUGGUGUAAAGUAUACCACACAAAAAAACAAAAUAAAGUCAUUGUAAUGAAUUUACUGGGAAUUCAUCCAGAUUUUUGGGCUGUUGUGAGUGAAAAGAAUCCAUUAAUUGAAAAAGACUAUUGUGAACUCUCAUAUUUUGUGAGAGUUUGGCUUGUAAAAGCACUUUGUGAUUAUGUUACUAUUAAAUUUAAAACUAUUAAUGAUAUUAUGACCAAUUGUAAUGAAAGACAGUGUACAAUUUGGAAGAAUGAUUUGGAAACCGAGGAAUAUUUUUAUUUUGAUUCUAUGCCAGAUUUAAGGAUAUAUUAUUACAACAUUCCAUACGAUGAACCAAGUCUUGAAUUUCUCGAAUCAGUAAAAGCCGAUAAAGAAGAAGUAAAAGUUGAUGAUAAAGUUGAAAAUAAUCUACCAAUGAAUGGUGUUUCUGGGAGUUUUGGUUGGAUACAAAGUGAAAAACAUUUUAAGCUAAUUGCUGAUUCAGUAGAAGGACUUCGGACUUUUCUCUAUGAAUUGGAUAUGGAGGGAACAUCAGUUCCUGAAAAUUUAAUAAGUGCUCUUGAAAAUUUUAUUGAGAAAAUUGAACCCGAAGAAUAUAAUUUCAUUGUCUUAAACAAUGAUUCUAAAAUAAAAUUAUUUAAGGACUGUGAAUCAUAUGCAGAUAGAAUUCAAAAGGAUAAAGAAAAUAUGUCACUUUGGGAAGAGAAAAAUUCAAAGUCAAUAGCUCAAACUCAAAGCGAAGAAAUUAUUGUUGAGAAACGUCAAAGAAAGUUAAUUAUACAGCAAGAUUUUGAUACAGCUGAAUCUGAUGAAUAUGUUAGUGAAAAUGAUAAAUCAAUGUCUGAUUUUACUGAUUCUGAAGAUGAAUGGGGUGUUAUGAAUCGGCGUAAAAAUAUAGUCAAACAACCGCUGCAGACCCCUUCUAAACUUUUUGAACUAGAAAAGCAAUUAUCAGAAAAAGAGAAAAUGCUGAAAUACGAUAGUAGUAACCUGUUAGAUACUAAUCAGAAUGACGAGCCUAGUGGACAAAAUAAAACAUUGGUUGGUUCAAAAAAUAAUGAUGAUAUAUCUUUUUUAAAAGAUAAAGAUUUUAAGUCAAUAGCUCAAGUUCAGAACGAAGAAAUAAUUUUGCAAAAACGCACAAGAAAAUCGGUUGUUAGGCAAGAUUUUGAAGCUGAUAAGUAUUAUGAAUCUGAGGAAUAUUUUAGUGAAAAUGACAUUAAUUCCAUCUCUGAUUUUACUGAUUCCGAAGACGAAUGGGGUGCUUUGAACCAGACUAAAAAUAAAGGCAAACCAUUGCAGCGAACUUCUUCUAAACUUAUUGAACUAGAAAAGCAAUUAAGGGAAAAAGAUAAAAUUUCAAAAAACAAAACUAAAGUAUUUGGUACUAACAACAAACAUAAAUCUAUCAAACCGGUUGAAUUUCAAAAAAAUUCAACUGUGGUAAAAAGUAAUGAUAAUACUAAUACAUUUGUUAAUAGUCAUAACGAAAGAUUAGUUAAUACUAAUAAUAUAGAUAGUGAAAAGUGCGAAGAAGUUGUAUUAAUUGAUAGUGAUAAAGAAGAAAAUGAAAAAACAACUGAUGGUUUAAAACAAGUAGAUAUCAUAGAUCUAGAUGAAGAAGAUAUGCAAAACGAUUGUGAAAUUCUAAAUGAUAAUUUUGAAACAUCAAUCUCUACUUGUACUGAAAAUAACAUUCAAAAAACCAAUGAUCAAAAUAAUCAUAAAAAAAUAGAAGAUGAUGUUAUUUCAAUAGAAGAUGAUCAUAUUAUUAUUAGCGAUGAUGAAGAUGAUAUUCAAUUUGUUUCAAUGACUGUAAAACCCAAGAGUUCACCUUUGAAUAUUAAUAAACCUUGUAAUUUAAAAACUAAUUUAAACAAAUCACACAACUCUGUUUCUGCAAAUAGGCAAGUUAGGUCUACCAAUUAUACUAAAAGUCAAUCAACAUCUUCUAUCAUUCACAAUCUUUCACAAAAUGUUACUAUUAUGCCAGCAAAUGUUCAUGUGCCAAAAGGUAUUGAGGUCACUAUGGUUAAGACACCACAGAGAAGGAUAGACUCCCAUUUUAAUUCAAUCAAAAGAAGGUCAACCAUAUCAAAUAGACUUCUGCCAGAUAACCCAUCAACAAUAAAUGUAAAAUGUGAAGUUAUUUCAAAGCCAAAUUUAAAUGGGGAAGUCAAGUUUUAUAUUAGACUACCUAACGGAAAAGAACAACCGGGUCCAGAUGAGCUUAUCAAUCAAUACCUAAAACAGCACAAUAACCAAUUACCUGACUAUUGGUUAGUACCAUUAUCAGUAGAAGUUGCCAAACAAUACGGUAUUAAUAAUUAACUGAGCAAAAUAAAAUAAACUAUAUUUAUCAUACAUAAAAUCCUAAUUCUUUAUGAUCUCUAUACAUUUAUUUUAAGAAUCUUAGCUGUAUAAAUUAAAAUUAUGUACAU